AGUGCCGCGAGGGACCGUGGUCGGAUCGCCGAUCCCUGUGCACAUCCCGGCUUGUUCCCGCGCCCCUGCCCAGCGCCCGCGGGCCGGCGCGCAGCGCAGCGCAGCUCCGGACUAAUGAAGAAAAUACAUCCUGCGAAGAGUAAAAGUACUUGAUUCUGGGAAGACUCUUAAAGCACCUCUAACUUCAAAGCUGGAGAAAAGUAUGAAGGAACAGUUCAUCUGACUCCCUCGGCAUCUCACACAAAAUGGCUCUUCAGAAAAAAACUCUUGCUGGUGUCUUGGAGGAAUGGUGUUUGGAAGAACCACUGUUUGGUUGCAGACGGCACCAGAAUGUUUGGAAAAAACUGAGACUGAUACGAAUCGUAGGGCUUCUUGUUAGUGUAGUGGCCAUUAGUACUUUCUCACUUUCAAUGAGUGCCUUUUUCAAGAUGGAACCACAUAGCAUGGCACUGGUCAGCAGCCUAGAUAGCCAAAAGCUGGUGCGUGGUCACCAAAGAACUCUGUUGGAUUUCACUGAACAGAAUCAAAAUGGCACUCUAGACCCACAUGCUUCUAUGAAAUAUGAAGCUGGGCAUGACAAUGAAACAGAUGAUCAUUCAAAGGGAGAGUAUCCCACAGACCUUUUCUCUCUUGAGGAGAGAAGACAGGGAGCAGUGAUCCUGCAUAUAAUUGGAAUGAUUUACAUGUUUAUAGCCUUAGCUAUAGUCUGUGAUGAGUUCUUUGUUCCUUCCUUGACUGUCAUCACUGAAAAACUGGCCAUUUCUGAUGAUGUGGCAGGGGCAACCUUCAUGGCUGCUGGUGGGUCAGCCCCAGAACUCUUCACUUCUUUAAUAGGAGUGUUUAUAUCCCACAGCAAUGUUGGCAUUGGUACAAUAGUGGGAUCUGCCGUGUUCAAUAUCCUAUUUGUUAUUGGAAUGUGUGCUUUAUUUUCUAAAGAGAUCUUGAACCUUACAUGGUGGCCACUCUUUCGAGAUAUGUCCUUUUACAUCAUUGACUUGAUCUUGCUAAUCAUCUUUUUUCUGGAUAACUUCAUAAUGUGGUGGGAAAGCGUAACACUCCUGACAGCAUAUUUUUUCUAUGUGACUUUCAUGAAGUUCAAUGUUCAAGUAGAAGAAUGGGUGAAGAAAUUUUUAAACAGGAACAAGGUUGAGAAGGUAACUACAGAUGCUGAAGGAAAGUCACCUAAUGCUGGAGACAAGGAUGACCAAACAUUGACGACCAAGCCACGUCUCCAGAGGGGAGGAAGCUCUGCAUCUCUCCACAACAGUUUAAUGAGGAACAGUAUCUUCCAGCUCAUGAUUCACACACUUGACCCACUUGCUGAAGAGCUUGGAUCAUAUGGAAACCUAAAAUAUUAUGACACAAUGACUGAAGAAGGAAAGUUCAAGGAAAGGGCCUCAAUUCUGCAUAAGAUUGCCAAAAAGAAGUGCCAGGUGGAAGACAGUGAAAGGCAGAAUGGAGCUGCUAAUCAUGAUAUCUGCUGGAAAGACAACACAGCGGAGAGGGAACAGUGCAGGAGGUUUCUGGACUGUGUGGAAGAUAACUUUGUGACACACAAAGCCAGGGAAGGUGCCCUGCUCUACCUGCUGUUUGUGAACAGAGAAGAGUUAGUGGGAGAUGUGGUGACCGGUUGUCCUCAGAGUACCCAGCCCCCUGAGCUGGAAGACAGGGAUGAGGAGCAGAAUGAAGCCCUCGUAAUCCAAUUGGAAAAGCUUUUCUUACAGAAUGAAGAGGAUGAGGAGCAGCCUCUCAGCCUGGCUUGGCCUGAAACCCGACGCAAGCAGCUCACCUAUCUUUUUGUGUUUCCCAUUGUUUUUCCACUGUGGGCUACCCUGCCAGACGUUAGAAAACCUACAUCAAGAAAAUUUUUUCCUCUCACAUUUUUUGGCUCUAUUAGCUGGAUUGCCUUCUUUUCUUACUUAAUGGUCUGGUGGGCACACCAGGUUGGAGAGACCAUUGGUAUUAGCGAAGAAAUCAUGGGAUUGACUAUUCUUGCUGCUGGCACAUCCAUUCCUGACCUUAUUACCAGUGUUAUUGUAGCACGCAAAGGUCUGGGGGACAUGGCUGUGUCCAGUUCUGUUGGAAGCAACAUAUUUGACAUCACAGUGGGCCUUCCUCUUCCAUGGCUCCUGUAUGCUGUGAUUAACAGUUUUGCCCCAGUGGCAGUCAGCAGCAAUGGUCUGUUCUGUGCAAUUGUCCUCCUCUUCAUCAUGCUGCUCUUUGUCAUCCUCUCCAUUGCUUCCUGCAAGUGGAGGAUGAAUAAAAUCCUGGGUUUCCUCAUGUUUGGGCUUUAUUUUGUGUUUCUGAUUGUCAGUGUCCUCCUGGAGGACAAAGUGAUCCAGUGUCCUGUCUCCAUCUAGUGGAAAGUGCUCGACAAAAAAAAACCCAGAACAUACGUAUUUAUCAAAGAAGAAAUAUGUGUACCAAAACAAGACACCAAAAAAAAACCACAGUGGAAAGCUUCACUGAGGAUAACCCAUAGAUCUGUAAAUUUCCUCUUCCUUGAUUUUAAAAGAGUGAAAGAAAGAAAAUUACACAAAGGGUGGAUCUAGGAGCUGAAGAAUGACUGCGGCUGGACAGUGCAGUUACACAUGAAGGGCUGAGUUAAGCUGCACUGAGGUUUUCUUUGCUGCACAACAUUCUCGCUGCCCAGUACUGGACACGCUACGCACGCACGGAAACAGUGACAGUUACUGCUUCUCCUCAGCCUGUGGUUCUCUGUAGUCGUAUACACAGACACACAGCGUGCUCAGUUCUUAAGGCUCUCCUCUUCUAAGGAGAAUGCUGAUACUAACUUUGUGGAGGCACCACCCCCCCACAUACCCUGGUAACGGGAUUUUUCUGAUGAUCUGCUGAAACUCCUGAAUGGAAAGCGUACACCGAGUACAUGAGUCACAGAUGGGGAAGAGCUUGUAUGUCUCUUCAUAUGGGUGGAUUUGUAUGAUGUGAUUUCAGCAAAGCCAGUGAAUUCAUCAGUGUUUUGAUCAUCUGCAUCACAGGUCUGUAAAGGCAAUCAGCAGGAUGCUAAUGGUGGUUUUUUACAUCUUGCAAAACUCUUCAGGUUCCAGAAACUCUGUCUCUGGCACUGAAGGAGCCACGAUGCCUGACCAUUUUGUAACUGGUGCAGAUUUUCAUUGCAUUCUCAUGCAAAGACCAGAAUGGGGAUACUCUUUCUUCUCUAAUAGCAAUGCAGCAUGCAGUGACAUCAUACAGCUAUGUGAACACACCAUUUUUUCUAAUGCAGCAAUAUUAACAGUACCAAUGGCUUUCAGAUGCUGUUAUGAGUUUGCCUUUUCAUGCCAGAAUAAAAAGGCUAAUUUGCUUAUGCAUAGUAUAUUAUACAGAAAAUAGAAGUAAGUAGUUAUAAAGUGGCAGCCUAAUUGCUAAGUGAAUAUAUAUUUUACAGGCUUUCACUAAUACUUGGAGUGUAAGGACCUUCACAGCUACAUAUAGUUAUUGCUGGAAGAGAUUCCCAGCUGUUGUACAAAGCUGGGGCAAUUCACAUUUGCUGUUAUAAAUCUUGAAACUAGGUAGGAGAAACACAAUUUAAUUACAGUGGAGCUGCAGGAAGCUUACAUGAAAAUUCUUCGGUAUUGCUGGAAGUGUAAAUAUCUAAAGAAGCCCAGGAAUGAGUGAAAAUGCAACAUCCUUUUACUGAAAUAUUGAGAGAAGGAGAAGGUCCAAACCUAGAACAAAAAAAUAAGAAGGGAGAAAACAACUAAUGUUCAUCUUCCUUGGAGUUUGGAUGAUUUUUUUAAAAAUGGGAGGACUGGAAUGGGUGUUAAGAAAUUAUUUCAAAUAAUCAUUCGUUUGUUCAAGUCUUUUGUGCAGUUAGAGUUCAUGAAGAUUCAGUGCAUUUCUGUGACCUGUUUCAGCAUUGUUUUAUAUGCAUAUUGUGCUCACAAUGGCAAUGCCAUGCUCACAGCUGUGUAACAGAAGGCUCAGCACAUUUUGUCUUGUCAGUUUUUCUCUGCUCUAUGCUGUUUGUUUCUCACUCAUCCUCUUUGUCCUUUACUGUUUUCCUGUUAUAUGUGUUUGUGUGUAAUGGUAUAUGGUUAGUGAGUCAGGACUUGACAGAAAACAAUGGUAGAGAAAAAAGUACAAAAUUCAUAUUAGGAAUAUUAAUAUUAUGUGAUAUCAUGAAGAAAAAAGUGAGAUAAUAAUGAACAAAAUGAAGGAAACUAGGAGUUACAAUGGCUGCUACUCAUAUAUUGUCCUAAGGUAUUAAGUCCGACCUACAUGCGGAAUCAGUAUUUAAUCUUAUCCAAACAUUUGCAACGUCUCUUGCUCUUUUAGUGCUUUUUAGAGUGAGCGUCUCUCAUUGUGAGCAAAAACUUGUCGUAUUUAAGAUCCUUCAUUGCUCCAGAAUCCUUACCUGUCUUAACGAUAGUGCUACCCACCUCUUUAUCAUUUGUUCCUGGGAGUGUACACUAUGGAAAGUAGGUGUAUUUACAUACCUGCGGUGCCCUCUACUGACAGGAACAGCAACCUUGCUUAAGCAAAUCUAUAAACCAAUAUCUGAGCUCAAAAGAAGCAUGUGUCUCAAAAUACAGAGCUGACUCCACAGUAUAAUCUAUUCCAGAGGAGUCAGCAAUUGCUUUUAUUUCUGAUGACAAUGCUCAAAACACGCAAUCUUUUCCCAAGUGAGCAGAAUGAGAGUGAUCUGAAGGAGUGUGUGCAGGAUCAUGAGAGGGCUGUGUAUAUGGGAGUGUACAAAAUACUAAGAUGCCCAGAUUCACUGAUCCAGAUUCACUGAUCACUUAUUUCAAAUAAAGAAACUAGUCCGAAGUCUGAUCUCUGUUCAGGACAUUACUUCAUUACCCUUCCCUUCCCUUUUCUUUUUUUCUUUUUUUUUUACUGCAUGCCAGUAUGGUGUAACAACUCCCAUACUGGAAAGGAAAAAGCCCUACCUGACCUUCAGAGCUGUAAGAGCACUCUGAUGCACUCUGCAGAGUGGGGGCAGGUAGGAAGAAGAGAGUAACUAAUUGAAAGCUAUACACAGUGGGAAUAUUUCAGUCCACAACAGGCAUCAACAACUUAAAGGAAGACUUUUAUGUAUAGGGUUAAGGACUGGUAUCCUGUAAUGGCAGUUGUAUACUGUCUUAAAAUGUAUCUCAUUUCUUUCCCAUUUCUGCUUGUCUCUAUCAACAUAUUUAUCUUGCAAGGUAUUAAAAAUAAGUUUUUCCCCUCUAGAAUAAGACACCUCAUGGCUCCCACUGCCUUGCAUCUGUUGGGCAGUGCAGUCAGUGGUAGCUCAGCUCCAGAGGUAAAAGGACAGAUUUCAGUUGUGUGGUGCUUUCUAUGGAAACAGGCUGUGAAAGAUGGUUCCACUUACAAAGGCAGCUUUCUGCUGCUGUGGUAAAAUGUUUAAAGAUACUUGCAUGCCAAUGUGCUCUGAUAACAAAACAACAGCUGUGCUGGCUGGUAGAGAAAAGAGAGGAAGGGGAUGGAGAGAGAAGCUUACUCCCUUAUCCUGUGCAGGAGGUGUUCAAUCUUUAGCUGGAAUGCUGAGUGAACAGCCAAGAGCUGCUGCAACACAAUGACUGGAUGUCCAUGAGCUGUCCAGGCUCAGUGCUGCCAGAAAUGCACACCACCUGUUACAACACUCCUAUUUUACAGUGGCAGCAAAUUUACCAGCAUUAAGUGUUUCUCAUUGUUCAUAAUUAUUUCACUGUGUGAUCAUGAACAUUUCUCAGCAUUGCACACCUAGAAGUCAAAAUUCAGUUUCUAUUUUCUUAAAAGUUCUAAAUGAUUUCACUAGGGAUCUGGUUCUGCACACUGCCCAAAUUCUACAGUGAGUUCAUUGGUGUUGAAGCCUCUUCCACCUGCCUGUAUGCCUGUGCUCACUUAUUCAAUUGGUGUUGCUGUCUGCAUAAUCCUUAUCAAGAAUAAAUGAAUAAUUAAGAGAAAAAUUGGUGUUAUUAUAAGGAUCCUGUUCUAGCUUGGCAACACAGUAAGUAAGGUAAGAAUGCAACUUCAGAUUAAAUAGCCAACUCUCUGUGGCACCAUUAUCUCUGAACAGAACCAAUACUGGAUGUGAUUUUUGGAAAGGAUUUCUGGUAGUAUUUGAGUAGGAUCAUGGUUCAGAUUGUAACCUAUUGUAAAGGUUUUCUGCACUAACUUCAUUGGAAUUAAAUAUGAGAAUGGACCCCACUGGUACAAAAUACCAUUGGAAUCCUACAACAAUUCUCUGUUUUACACUCACUCACACACACACAGACACACAGACACACACUCACACAAAUAAAAAAAAGAAAAAGCUGCCUUCCCUCUGCAGAAGCCACCCUGGUCACAUCUGUAGGGUAAAUGCUAUAAAAGUGUGAUUGAAAGUGUGGUAUGAGGAUGUUCUCCUCACGAACUACAUGUAGACAUGCAAAAAUCUUUCAGCAAAGAUCUGUGGUUUCUAAAUUAACUUUUUUACUGAAAGGUAUUGCUUUCUUGUAGUGCAAACAGGCUCUUGUGUCUGUAUGCUUCUGCUUAUGUAUCCAAUUGAUGUGGCUGACUACAUAAACUUCAUGAAGCAUAAAAACACAGCAGGUGACAAGGAAUCUUAUCUAGAUGUCAUUUAAUGUUUGUAAUGGCAGUGAACCUACCAUGUAAUUUCCACAUAUACUACUUCGAAGUAGUUUAUGGUCACUGUCACUCAUGGUACUGUUGUGUGUGGAUAUGAAGGUCCACAAAGCGGUAAGUUAAACAUGUAGCUAAUCUGAGUACAGUGAAAAAAUAGAUGCUUAGAAAUAUUAUUAAUGUUUGGGUGUUUUUUAAGGGAUUAUUUCUCUGGUUGUCUUUUACUUCAUUAUGUAUUUUGCAAAAAAGGGGAUAUACAGUGUUUUCUAAUUAGUAUUCUUUCAGCAGUAAUUCCUUAAAAUAGCAUCUUAUGGUCCAUAUAACUUUUGUUCUGAAUCAAGUAUGAGUCUGUAUCAGAUGGUUUUAUAACAAAGAAAUAAUCCCUUCUCCAACAACUGGCCCAACAAAAUACAGAUUUCUACCAUUAACCUGGACAAGAUAGAGACAUUUAUCUUAGGAUCCCAUAUUUCACAAAUGCAGUUGCCUAACAAACCUAAUUGUCCUGGGAGCUAUGUACAAAGAGAAAAAUUGCAUUCACUUGUAUUCUUGGAAACAAUUUUACUUCUUGUAAAAUACAAUGACACAACUAUCUGAGAAAGAGUCAUAGUUUGAGCAGCUGAUUCUUGUCUUCCUCCUAUUCCUGGAAAGUGAAAUUGAAGAGUUUGUACCUGGAAAAAUACUUGCAGAAAGUGCACUCAACAGUAUAGAGAGAAGUCCUGCUCCAGUCCUCCAACAGGGAUGAGUUUCAUUCUUGGUUGAUGUUAAAAUUACCCUUCUUAGGUCUGUUGCCAUCAGUUACAGGAAUAUCAGUAUUUCCACUGGGACUGGGGAGACUAACUUCCAAAUUGAAAUUACACAAUUCAGUGUAGCCAUCAGAUACAAAAUUCAUUUAUGGAUCACAGUUCCAUAGUCCAGACAAGUCAUCCUGUAGAUCUGCUGUGUGUUGCUAGAGGUCAGUGUAUGGCAUCUCAGGACUUGUCUGCUUGGAUGGGUGCAGCUAGUUUGCGCUUUCCCAUGCCGAUGCGCCUGCCUGACUGGAUGCAAGCCAUAUAUUCUCCAGAAGCCAUGUAAUCACAUUAGCAUGGCACUGAGCCCAUGCUCCAGCCAGCCAGGUGCAGGUCAGCCCCAGCCUAGAAGCCACAUAACCACUUGGAGUGUGGGUAGACCAGACACACACUUGGCCACAUCGUUCCCACGUGAGCCAUAAGUGAAGUGGCACAGGACAGGAUUGAGUAAUUCAAGACUAGUAAAUGUACUGUACAUUCAUGUAGAUUUAUUGUAAAUUUACCACUCAUCAAAGACAAAAACAACCCCAACAAAGAAAUUUGUACACAUUUUUAAAGAUCUUGCACUUUACUAUUUUUUUUAUUUUUAUUUUAUGUCACAUAGUUGUCUUAAUGCAAAAAGAAGCCAUAAAAAACCCAGAAGACUAGUAUGGGCUUUCUAAAUAAGGGGAUCAUUAAUUUUAAAGUAAAGAAUCAAUUUCAUGUCUCUGUUUAAGGUCUAAUGUAAAAUACUGACAAAUAAAUGUACAGUAAAGCAGGAUCUGGUUUUGCCUUAGUGAAGCUGUGAGUAAGUCAGGGGGAGUUUGCUCCUCAUACUCUUGAGUUUUCCUGUGGGGCUGUACAAAAUGCUGAACACUACCUUUGCAGCAGGGAAUCAGUCCUGCCAUGCUUGUUCCCCCCAGGAAAAAGUCAGGCCCAAUGAAACAAUUAAAUCAUUCUACUACUCCAAUGUUUUCUCCCACUGAGAUCACAGUAAAGGAAGUUCCUUAUGUUUUAGUACGUUUAUGAGAGAUGAGUUAAUUCUAUCACUUUUUCCUGAAGUUUUCAGAGUCAGAUUAUCCAAGAAAAAAAUCAACUAUUUCAUUUAAUCCCCCGUUAAAAUCACAUAAUGCCAAGGAUUUCACUUGGGUUUGUGUUCAUUUCCAUUAUCAAGAUCUCUGUUGCACAGUUCUAAUUUUGCAAUCCUGACUCUGGGGAGUUGACUUAAGUGAGUUGAAAUUAUUUCUGUCACUUAAGAUGGCAAGAUCAGGACACUGUAUUGUCAUGUGAAAAUACUAAUGUGUUAUAACUGACAAUCAGAUGCUAUUUUUCUAAUACAGCUUUUUUAGCUUGUUUACUCCACUUUUUAGUUUUCACACUCCAUAGUCUCUCAUUUUCAACUUAUUGUAAGAAAAAUCUGAAGUCCCCCAUCUUUACUCAUUUCAAACUUUAAAAGAAAAAAUACAUUGCCAUGUACUUUUUAUUUUGCAAGUCCAGGCAACGCCCUGAAAAUUCCAGUUUUUCUCAUGUGUAUGGAUCAUUAUUCACUAGAUGAAACUCUUUUAUCUCUGAAUCAGUAUAUGCUCUGUGAAUAUAAGUUUGUAUAUAGUAUGGAAGUUACCUUUAUUUGUACAUAGACUCUUGGAAAUAAUCCCUUCUAUCAAAGAUCCUACGUCAUUGUAUCUACAGAAUAUUUCACUGUGGUGUGUACACUUUCUCACCUUAUGAUAACAAUACAGAGCUCUUCAUAUAAAUCACUUUAUGUAAUUGAGUUGUCUAAGUGUGAAUAACAAUAACAACAAUAAACACUAAUAAAAAGACUGAAGAGUGUGUCCUUUUGCUCA